GUUUACAAAAGGAUGUGUGAUGAAGAACUAUUGGUUGGGAAGACUGGGGUGAAGGUUACAUGUUUUUGCAAUGUAUGGGUUGGGGCAAAAAUUGUGGAGGGCGUUGUCAGUGAUGCAGAUUUGGUAGAAUUGAAGGAAUCUGCGUUUGGGGACUUUUUCAACCUAGGUGGCAUUAAGUGGUUUACUGGGCAGUUGAUGAUACUAUUGGCACUCAAUUAUGUGGAACCAUUAAAGCGGAGCGGAUGUGUUGACAGCUUAAAGUUUCACAUUGGUGACAAAGUUGUUGAGUUUAAGAAAACGGACUUUGCAUUGAUAACCGGGCUGAAAUUUGGGAAGGAAACCAAGUUUGAGGGUAUUGACAUGGAUGAGCCGAAUGACAUUAGUUUGAGGUUUUUUAGAGGGAAAAUGACCGUAACACGUUUGGAUGUGGAGCAUGUGUUCAAGAAUAUACGUGCGAUUGGAUGUAGGCAACCUAUGGAUGUAGUUAAACUGGCUCUGCUUUACCUUCUGUGCUGCCAUGUCGUGGGGAACCAGGGGAGGACAAAGAUCCUUGCACUAUAUAUGCAUCUGGUUAAUGACGUGAAGCGGUUUAAUGACUUUGAAUGGGGUGAGCACCUGUGGACGGACCUGGUGGAGAGCAUGGGCAGGUGUUCUUCGAUCCUCAACACUGGGGGUAAUGGUCGUUUUACUUUCCCCGGUUUUUUAUUCCCCCUACAAAUUUGGCCAUUUGAAACGUUCCCUCGUUUGAUGGAGAAUGGAAUUUGUGCAAUUGGGAAGGGCACUGGAUCCUUAUGGCCGAGAGCAUUGCGGUGGGAGACUGGCGUGUGGCCUAAACAUGAUGUGUUGGAGAAUUCUAUUUUUGGAAAACCAGGGGAAAGUGUCAUCUGGAAGGAGAUGGUUGCAAAGCCCAUGGAGCGUGUCAUGGGAAACAUUGAAACAUUGCUAAGUGUUGGAGGUGCAGUUGAAGAUCCUUUGAAUGACGUCAGCACACAAGAGGUUGAAGGGCGAUGGAGGCAGGCAGUUGAGGGUUUGGGACUGAAUUUGGAUUCAGGAAAGGGUGCAGGGAGUAGGGCAUCAACAAGUAAUGGCGUAUGUGCUGGAGUACCUGAGACUGUGAAUGGAACUGUAACUGGAGCAGUGGUUGGUGGGUUCUGUGACAGGUUUGAGACUGCGUCUCAAAUUGUUGAGUCAUUAGGUGAUGUUAUGUUUGCAUGUCUUGAAUUCGUUGAGUGUGUUGAAUUUUAUGCACAAGAGGUGACGCCGGAGAAAAUUUUCAGUGAGAAUGUAAGGCCGGUUGAUGAAGAGAUUGUGGACGAUGGUGCUGAUGAGGAAAUGCUCAAUGAGGAGCCAUGCACACAAAUAGUGGUGUAUGAAGAACCGAUAAGGGUUGAGAUACCAAGAGAAAUAAAAGAUCGUCAGAAAAGACCAUUGAAAUGUCCACAGCGGUUCAGUCCUGACCAGUUGAUAGUUAGGCGUAAAAGGAAAAAGGUGAGAACAGUGAUGGAGCAUGUUAUAGACUUCGGUGGAGAUGGAGAUGAUUUCAUGGGGCCAUUCACAUUAGACCCCGCUGAGAUGCCAGGUGAGGACGAUUUGAGGGAUGUGGAUGAGUUCAUGCACAAAGGUCUGUUAAAGAAGCAUAAGAAGGAGCCCGGGCGUAAGUACUGUGUGAAUGAAGAUGUUCUUGCACCAAGUGAGUUUAAGACUCACUACGAUGAUAAGGCCACCUUAACGAAAAGCUGGUACUACGAAAUCUAUUUCCCUUGGGGGUGGCUGUCAGAUACGCAUCUUGAUGUCAUUUUCUACUACCUAAGGAUGAAAGGUGUGGAGUUCGGGUUAGUGCAGAGGUACACAACGACAGACACACCAUUCCUUGAAUUAAUGAAGACUUUGUGCGAUAGAUAUUUGAAGAAAGAACUGACAAUUGAGCAAGCUACACGGAAUAAGUCAAUAAGGAGCACAAUCGUUGGAGGUAGGAUGGAGUACGGCCGUCCAUGGCAGGGUGUGGAUUUCGUGUACAUGCCACUCAAUACAGGGAGCCAUUGUACAUUGCUGGUCCUGGACAUUACGCGGAAGGUUAUCAGAACAUAUGACUCAAGCCUGCGAAGAAACGAUUCGAAACGGAAACUGCAGCAAUUCAUGCCAAGCCUCCAAAUGUUUCUGCCAAAGAUGAUGGAUAAGCUGGGAGUGUAUGAAGGACAGGAAGAAGGUCUGAUAGGUGAUGGUGUCCUUGCGAUUGAGGGUGGGUCAUGCUGCCCUCAGCAAAAUGAUGGGUCUAGUUGUGGGAUGUUUGUAGUGAAGAUGACCGAAUUUCUCAUGAUGGGGCGUGAUGUGCGCGAUAUGGGUGAUGAUGAGAUUGCCGCAUACCGGAAGAAGAUGACAACAGAGCUGUUGGCCUACUCCGGGAAGUAGGACUCAUGGACUGCGUUUGGAAUGAGACAGACAUGCACUCUUUUAAUGUUUUUUUGCAGCAAUGUUUAGGUUUAAUGAAUUCUAUGCACUAUU